GGGCCCCUGAGGGGUAGGAGUGAGCCGUGCCCCGGCAGCACAUUCCUCGCCUGUUUCCUUAAAUAGGGAUGAUCUUAUCCCUGUAUCCUGCAUGUGACCGGCUCCGGGCAGCCCUGGUGCAGCUGGAGAGGAGCCCCACGGGCUGAAGAACCCCAGGAUCCAUUAGAAUCAACCCAGGAGCUGCUGCCAACGGGGCAGCUAAGGGAACAAGAAGUGGUGGAUCCAUGGCCUCUGGUCCAUCUGGGGCAAGGGAUGAGGAACCUGGUCCCCUGAGCCGGGAUGGAGGUGGAACAUCCCGAUCCCGGCUGUGCUGCUCCAUUGGAGAUGCCCAUAGGAACCAUGUCAGGAAAGGAAGCUUCCAGCCCAAGCAGCACCUGGAGCACCUGGUGGAGAAGCUGAAGCUCCUGGGUCUGGAUGAAGGCCAGGAGAAGGAGCAGCUCUGCUCAUGGCACAGGAUCCCAUGGGAUGCGGAGGCAUCCAGCUCCGGACAUGAUGGACCAAGGAUUUGUGGAGGUCUUAGCACAGAAGAGCCCAUCCAGGACAAAGGCAGCUCCAUGAAUGAGGAGCAAACACGGAAGGACCUGGAGACGCUCAGGACCCACCGGGAAGCACUUUGGGAACGGAAGGCGCAUGGCGAGAGGCGAUGCCAGGAUUACCUGGCACGGACGGAGCUGCAGAGGCAGGCGGUUGUGUUGGAAUUCCGGCGCCUGCGCCGCUUCCUGCGCGAUCAGGAGCUGAUCCUGCUGCUCCAACUGGGAGAGCUGGACACGGAGGCAAUGGGGAGGCAGGAGCAGGAGGAGACCAAGAUCCAGGGGGAGAUCUCGCUCCUCAAUGUCCUCAUCUGUGCGAUGGAGAAGCAGCUUCAGGGACCUGGGAGCGCAUUCCUGCAGGAUGCCCGAAGUGCUGUGGACAGGUUGGAGAUGGGCAGUUCCCGGGGGAUAACGGACACCUUCCAGGACCUGGAGCAGAAGCUCCAGGUCAUCUCUCAACAGAACUGCGUCCUUAAGGACGUACUGGGGACAUUCCAAGACACCUUGCUAUCAGAACUGGAGAAGGAGCAAGGACCAUCCCCAGGAGGAGAUGGAAGAGCUCCCUUUGUGACCCUGGACCCCUCCACCGCCAGCCCCCGGCUCGUGGUGUCCCGGGACCGCCGGGGGGCGCAGUGGUCGCGCACGGCUCAGGACGUGCCGGGCUCCCCCCUGCGCUUCAAUGGUUCCUGCUGCGUCCUGGGCAGCCCCGGCUUCGCGGCCGGAGCGCACCACUGGGCCGUGGGGGUGGCCGGGGCCGGCGCCUGGGCGCUGGGGGUGGCCCGGGGCUCCGUGCCCCGACGGGGCUGGAUCCCAUUCCGGCCGGAUCAAGGGGUUUGGGCCAUGGGGCGCUGCGGGAGCCAGUUCUGCGCCUUCACCGACCCCGUCACCCCCAUUCCCAGCACCGGCUGGGCCGGGAGGGUGCGGGUGGUGUUGGAUUAUGAGGGGGGCAAGGUGAGGUUUUACCUGGCAGAGGGGGACCCCCCCGUGUUCAUCUUCCCAGCGGCUUCCUUUGGGGGAGAGAGCGUCUUCCCCUUCUUCUGGCUGGGGAAGGGAUCCAGCUUCCGCCUCUGCCCAUGAGGGCUCCUGCUCUUGUUUUAACCUGUAAGAGAA